GAUACUAAUUUUUGACUAUAACCUUAGACCUGUAGACUUUAAAAAUGAAAACGAACUAAAAAUAGCAGAUUUUGUUGUUGCAUUAUUAUUUUGCAGAAUCGGAUUUAAAUCAGCGUAUUUAGUAAAGUCUCCAAGAUGCCAGGAAAAGUUAAAGUAAAAAUCAUUUCUGGUAAGAACCUACCAGUUAUGGAUAGGUCCAGUGAUACAACGGACGCAUAUGUUGAAAUUAAAUUAGGCAAUACAACUUACAAAACUGAUGUUUGUCGAAGAACUUUACAUCCGCAAUGGAAUACAGAUUGGUAUCGUUUUGAGGUGGACGAUUCAGAAUUACAAGAUGAGCCCCUCCAAAUAAGAUUAAUGGAUCAUGACACGUAUUCUGCAAAUGAUGCUAUAGGCAAAGUAUAUUUAAACUUAAACCCUUUACUUCUGCCAGUGGCAGGACAAUUGGAAAUAGGAGAUAAUAAUCCACAUCAUGAAAUAUCCGGUUGGAUUCCUGUAUAUGAUACUAUGCAUGGUAUUAGGGGCGAAGUAAAUGUUACCGUUAAAGUGGAACUGUUUUCCGAUUUUAACAGAUUUCGACAGUCCUCAUGUGGGGUACAUUUUUUUUAUUCACCUGUUAUUCCACAAGGAUAUCACGCAAAAGUUAUCAAUGGCUUUGUAGAAGAACUUAUAGUAGAUGAUGACCCAGAGUACCAAUGGAUAGAUAAAAUUAGAACGCCAAGAGCAUCAAAUGAAGCUAGACAGACGCUAUUUUUCAAAUUGUCUGGAGAACUACAGAGAAGAAUCGGUGUUAAAGCUUUGGGCGUAGGAGGAAAUGCUGUAAUUGGUUACAGACAAUGUUUUGAUAUUGAGGGAGAGUCUGGAAUUGUGGCCAGAGGCAUUGGAACAGCUGUGACUUUAAUAAAAGCUUACAAUACAGCUAACGUAGUCGUUGAGGCAAAAGAAGAGAAUGUAGAAAAUUACCUAAAAUUUGUUGGUGAUGGGAAGAGCUUUAGCUUAUGCUCAACAUCACCCCCUCAUAAGAUUCAUCUUUCCUUGUUUGACCCUUUCAGUAAUUCAAAUAAUAGCCAAUCGGGUACGUCACACGUAACAAAACGCCAUUAUGUUUGUGAACAUUCUAACAAGUUGUCUCCAUCCGUAUCCAAUCCUAACUUAUAUCAAGGGCACAAUAUAAAAGAUCUACUCGAUCAAGAAGAAAAACGUGGCAAAUCUGUCAUGUCGCGAAGGUUUAAAAAAUUCAAACAUUCUCAGAAAUCUCUUUCAAAGAAGAUGAUUGCGCUAAAAGCGAAAUUAAACGACAGUAUAGGAGAAGAAACUGAUGUUAUUCAAAGCCGGAAUAUCAAUAAACGAAAACUAUUUAAAAGAACUUCGAGUGACUCCAGUGCUAUGGCGGAAAUAUUAGCGAGAUCUGUAAUGCGUGCCACUACGAGUUUAAGUUGUAUAUUAGAAGAUCAGCCUCAUCUUCCCAACGAUGAUGAUGGUAUUGAAAAGGCAAAACCUACACCUAAUUUUCUCGAUCGAAGUGAAUCUGAAGUAAGUGGAUUUGUAGAAACACAGAGUGAUGUCCAGUCAUGCUCUAGUAGUGAUUCAAGCAGUUACUGCUCAUAUUAUGAAUAUAAGGAUUACAAUAAUGCCAAUAAUGAUGUAGAAACGCUAAGUAAUAUUAUAACUAAUGUUGAGAAAUUACAAAGGUGUUUGUCACGAGAUGGAUUGCAUAAGCAGUAUUCUUUACCAGCCAUUCCAACUCGAGGAUUUUCACUUAGUAGUCUUGAUAAUUUCCCAGAGCGAUUACAUAGGGAGAACAGCAUAAACAGGUCAAUUAAUAGUGUUUUCUCCGUGACUAGCAAUGUCUCAAAAUUCGAACGUUCAGAUUCAAACUUUGAACAGGAACGACGUUCUUCGGAUGCGUAUGAUUCUAGACUGACUGAAGCUAAGCUUUGCGAGGAACUUGAUUUACCUGAACUAUCUGUUCAAGAAUUGGGAGAUUCUACUCGGAGAUGUUUAAAAGACUUGACUCAAAUAUUAAAUGAAAGGAACUGUGCUCUUACUCCAUUUAUUAAAGAACAAGAUCAACCAAAUAUCCCAUCUGAUGCAGAGUGCAAAUUAUCUAAUACAAUAAAGAAUGAUCAUGGUAUUGACCGGAAACAGGAAGAAUGGAAGUUUCCAUCUGGUGAAGCGUUUCAACAACACUAUGUUGAACAAUCUAAUUCCCAGUCAAAUGAACCUGAAGUGAAUUUAUUAUAUACUACGACACCUAUUGACAUUGCUCAAACAAGUACUGAAGGCAAAAUUUCAGAUUCAUCCAGAACUAGCACAGAAAGCGAAUUUAAAUUUCCUUGCAUUAAAGAUGACAAGUCUAAAUAUUAUUUUGCCAGCGGAAAAUUUAACACACUGGGUAAACACAACGAGUCCGAUUCUAAGGGGAUAGUUAAAACGGCACUGCAAACUAUGCUUAUUGAAAGAGCUGAUAUUUCGGGUACAGAUAGCCUCAAUACUACUAAUGAAGCCCUUUCAGAGGCUUCUGAUCCUGGUAAAGUAAAUGAUGAAAAUUCCCAUCAUCCCGUCGGGAAGGAAAAGGAUUCAAAAGGUAUAGUGAAAACAGCAUUACAAACCAUGUUAAUUGAACGAGCAGAUAUACUGGGUGCUCCUGAAGUAACAGAGCAAUUAGGUCCGGAAAAAUGUGCCCAUGUCAAAACUAGUGGUCACGACAAAGAUAUUAACCCCAAGGGUAUAGUGAAUGCGGCGCUUGAAGCUAUGUUAAUUGAAAGAGCCAAUAUCGUAAGUUCAACAUCUGAUAAUAACACUCCGCAGAUUGGUGAAGCAGAUGGGAGUGAAAAACUUGGAGUUUUAGAAGAUGGAAACGUUGAGCACGGAAAAUGUAUCGAACGUUCGGAUGAUAUCAGUACUAUUGCCGAAGUUAAUUUAAAAUAUAUUAAUAUUCAGCCUAAGAAAAUUGUUAAAACCGCAGUGCAAACAAUGCUACUAGAUAAAUUUAACAUUUUGGGCACUUAUACUCCCCCAACUUCUCCAAAUUUAGUAAGUGAUGAACCUAAUACCAGCAGGGGAAGAUCCUUUACAUUCAACAUGGGAGAAUAUGUACCGAAAAGUAUUCCAAAAACAUUUAGUUCGGUUUCCUUAGGAGAUCACCAAAAAUCAAAGGAAACUGUAUUAGGAAUGCCUUUUGUAUCGUUAUCUUCUCUUAAAGCCGAGCAAGAUUAUGAUAAAUCUGCUGAUCACCAUACAACUGUUCUAUAUCAAAAUGGACCGUUGCGAAAGUCGGUGAGUGAAAAAUUACCCCGCCACAAAAAUAUGUUCAGAUUUCUAUCAUGGAAGACUGGCGAACAUGGCCAAAACAGUAAGAUGUUCCACCGAUUUCGAACAAGAAGCAAACCAAGUAGUUUAGAUGAUUAUAAGUCCGAUGUAAGACAUCAAAACAGGUUAUCACAUAUUUUUCAUUCAUCACACAAUGAAGUACAUAUGAACGACAAAGAAACUCAAACCUCUAAUGAAGUGUUAGUUUGUCAAAAACCUACCCAACCUUCCGAUUUUACUCUAUCCUCUAACACUCAACAUCUUUCCUUAACCGAUGUUUUAAAUCCGCCACUUAAGCCACCUAGCUCUGUAGACUUAGCUUCAGGUGACUUUAUCGCUCACAGCAAAACUAAAUCUGCAUGCAUAACAUCUCAUCAUUCCCCACCUGCUCAAGAAAGGCAAGACCAGACUGGUGGUGACAAGAAAGAGCAUACAUCAGAUGCAGUAGCUGGAACUUCUGAAUCGCCAGUGAAAGUCAAUUAUAUGGUUCCUCUACAUCGAAGAUCAUCCGAUUCUGAUCUAAGUAUCACCCCAAAAGGAAAUAGUCUAACGGGAAGUGAUAAAUCGAUGGGCAAUGCCGCCGCGUUUUUUAUGAGAAACAAUUAUAUCAGAAGAGGACAAGUUAAUCAGGAGCAUUUUGAUCUGUUGGAAUAUCCAUUUUUAACAAUGACCAAGUUUCCGCCAAGAUUUAUAAUUCAAAUCGGCGGAUCAAUAAGCGCUCGAUCUGUUAAAUUACUGGAAAGAAUUUUAAAUGUCGAUGAACCAGAAUCCAGAGAUAUAUGGUGGUCCGAAAUACGAAUGGAAAUUCGCUCACAUGCAAGAAGUCUUAACUGUAAUGCAGUUUUGGGUUACACAGAGCUAACUACCAUAUGUGACGACGUAUGUGUGCUGAGCGCAUGUGGCACUGCUGCUGUUAUAGAUUUCAACAGCUCAGCUGGAGAUGAGGAUAACUUUUCAAGUGUCCAACUGAUCCAUAAAAAUGUGGAGCGUGACAAACAAGAGAAUGGACAAAGCCGACCUAUACAGGACAGUCCUCAUCAUAAAACAUAUUCAGCACAUUUUUGCGCAGUCACCCAUUUGCCUUACGAUGAAAAAACCGUACCAGUAAAAGCGAAAGUCACCAAAUGUCCAAUGUGUCUUAAGGCGAAAGUACCAGAAGUUAUAAUAGCAACAAUUGAACCGCCUGAGUCACUCCCAACUAUUGGCAAAGGUUGUUUUAUAGAAUCUCAUGUUUCACGGCCUUUAAAGGACCUUCGGGGAGAAGCUAUAGCUAAAGAAAUAUCUGAUGGUUUGCCGUUCUUAGAAUACGAACUUCACCGUUUGUUGGUCAAUAAAUUGAAAAUAAAAGGAAUGAAUGCUAUAUUUAGUCUUAAAAUUCGAAUUACUGUCGGAGAAAAACUAUUAGUUGGAGUAGCUACCGGCACGGCAGUCUAUUUAUCUUGUUUGCCAACUCCAGAUUUACCAGUAUUAGUAACUGGCAAAGAUUCAGAUGGGAAAGUGGUAGCUGACCUACAAGAAAUGCUGAGCCAAACGGUCAAAAAAAAUAAGGAAAUUUACCAAAUUAAGAGCGACAAUCAAGCACAAAGCACUUUAUCAGAUGAAGAUUCGGACACAGAACAGACUCCUUUAGAUAUAUCUUGCGGGAACAAAGACUGUUGCAUCUUGGAGAUGGACGACCCAGAAGAUGCCGAAGUUCUGAGACUGUUGAUACAAGAGAAAAUUCCGGACGGAAUUCACGUCGUCAGUACAGAAUCUGUUCCUGGCCUUGAAGACUUGGAAAUAGUAAAAAACCUUCAAAUGUUUACGCAAAUUUACAGAGCAAAACUACUGCCGCCAUAUGACCUACAGAAGCACUUUGUGAGACUUUUGCAAAGCAUAUACUUUAAGUUACGCAGGAUGGUUCCAUGCGCUCUGUGUGAUUUGCAAUUUAGGAUUGACAUUCCGGAACCCGAUGAAAUUCAGCUGUGUGUUAUUGGUAUGGCGUUGGGUUUGGGUAGGAAGACCCAGAUAGUUAAAUCUAAAAUAGUGCCACCAAAACCAGACGAAGAUUUAAUUUUUAAACUUGAGGAUUGUCAGAAUCAAGAAACUAUACAAGCUCCUAUCAGUAAAUCCAAUCAAUCCAGCCAGAAGUAUAGAAGUAAUCGUUCGCCCUCUAAGUAUAGGCCACAAUCUGUGAAACAACGACAUGUGCCUGGUAUUGAACGACAUGGAGUAGACAUAACUCCCUUAAGCUAUGUACCGGGAGGAAAUAUUGAGCAAUAUCUAGGAAAUAUAAAUUUUUUCUUUAUUCGUGAAACCACUUCUAUAAGAGAGGAAGGAGGUUUAAGUGGCUUUAUCCACAGUUUCGUCACCGAAGUUCUAGCGAUAGUGAGAUCCCACGUUACAGCAUUGGGAGGCAAUGCAUUAGUUGCUUUCUUUAUGACCGAAUGUGUACUUAAUCACAAUUUACAUAAAAACCAGGGACAAUGUCUUAUUAACGUCGGCGGUGAUGUGGUGGCAGUGGCAUAUUUCAAAGACGAAGCAUAAUAUUCGCAAUUCGUUUUAUUAAUUAAUACGUUAGUAUCGCAGGUUAAGGCGAAUUUAAAUUAUUGUUUACAAUAGCAAUAAUGUCAAAUUGUCUUCAUACAUGUGUACAUUUACCCCAGAUAAAUUCGUUUUACAUGAUGUUCACACAGAUUCGUUGUAGAUACUUACCGUAGUACACAUAUUUUUACGACUACGAGAACCGCAAAGAUCAGAAUUCCGAUCAAACAAAAAUUUACCCAGCAAACGAUUCGUAUAUUAACUUGUUAAAAAAAAGGUACACUUUAUUUUAUAAUAUGCUCAUCGACUGAAGCAACACAACAGUCACUUUUCUAUUUUGAAAGCAAUAAUUCCUAAACAGAAAAUAGGAUUAGUUUUGAUUAGACUUUGAUUUUAUCUUGAGGAAGACGUGAAGUUGCGAAUAGUAGACUUGACAAAAGUACCUUCAUUUAUCCAUACUUCACGGCUCGGUUAUAGAUAGUCUAAAUUGUUUUAUUUUUGGAAAUUUUUUUUGGGGUUGGGAUUUAAACUUGUUCAAUAUAAAGCAUUGCUGAUCUGACCAAUGUACGGCUAUACCGGCUGUCUGAUAUUUAAUGUAUGGCUUUAUUAUCUUAAUAAGUUAGAGUAUUGCAAGUACAAGUAAAAAUGCUCUCUGUCCAUGAACUCAUUGUAAAGUAUAUGUAUGCGAUAUCAUCUGGUCUAAGAUUUUUUUAAACUAUUUCUAAACCGGGCAUAUAAAAUAUCUAAUGAAUCCCGAUGUCAAGGAAUGUAGGCUUUCACGGACGGACGAAUAGUAAAAUAUUGUGCAUCCGGUUUUGCAACCCUACAAGACCGGAAAAACAAUAUUUCACUAUUGAAUCUGGCUAGUUUAGUGCCUAAUAUGCUCAUUUAUCACAUGUUAUAUUUUGAAUUAUUAUUAUUAAGUCGCCCAUCUCUGAUCUGUUCGUUUCAGUUUUACAAUUAAUAGCAUCUCAAGUCUUAAAUAAUAAUAAAAUAAUGAUAUUUGAUUUCUGAUUUAUAAUCUGCGAUUUCUUCAAGUUACAUUCAUUUUUCAAAAAUUUAAUAUAUUUUUUUAAAUUCCGGUCCAAUAUGUUUUUACCGUAAAAUUAAAGCCAAUUAUAUAUAGUAUGGAGUAUGGAAUGUUGGAUAGAUUAAUUAUUGUCCGUGAAUUUUUAUUGAUAGUUUAUAAUAUAGUGAAUAUAUUUUUAUAAUUAAUCCUUAUUAGUAAGUUAAGAACAAUUGUGGUUUUGUGUUUAAUAAUAUUUAUUCCACAUCCCUAUUUUUUUAAAUUUAGUUUCAACAUUUUUUAGCUAUUAGAGACCAUAAUAACAAAAAAGUAUUCGACAGUGCUUCCAAGCAGAAACUCGGAUCUGUAUUAAUUAAUUGAUUCUUUCACGGCUAUUUUUAUCUGUAUUAUAGUCAAUAGGACUGUGUCCUAAAUGCCUGCAAAGAAACAUUUUCGCAAUAAAUAUAAAUGAUAAUCAGUAUUUAUUUCAGAAAUUGGAAAAUAACAAGAAAUUUUUCAGAAAAUACGGCAUAUGUGCCUUUGAUAAUUAGUACGCUAUAAAGUACUUUGGUUUCUAUUAUAAUUAUUGCGUUUUGCAAAAAAGUAUGUUUGCGAUUUACGGUAAACUCAAGCUGUUGACUUAAAUAAGUUUAAAUUUCCCAUUUUUUAGCCAACUCUUCAAAACUGUUAAAAGACCAAUCUGACAAUUGUUAAAUCAUGCGUGUGGAAACAACGGUUUGCCUAUUGUCGUCCGGGUUGAUUUUGUGUCAUUAAUUUGUCCAAUGUACGUACUUAAUUGUUCAAUAUUCAUUACGCUUAUUUGUUUAUAACUUAUUGAGCUUUCAGCCAACCAAACUAUUAUACUAUUAAUAUACCCAUCAGUCUAAAUAUAAGGUAAACUCUUUGCUCAACAUACGCUAAGAAAUUAUUGUUAUCGUGUCUUAAGAUCGGCAAUUUUUUAAAUUAUAUUCCCUAUAAAAGCAAUAAAUAUUUAAAUGAAAACAUUGACGCAUUAAAUCGCUAACCACGCGUUCGUUAAUUUUUGAAAGUAUGUUUUCACAUUAGUUAGCUUCGCUUUGAUUAUUUAGAAGCUGUAGUUUUACGCAAUAUGCGUUGAAUUUUUAUUUAAUUUAAAAAUACGUUUUUAGGUUUUGACGACAUUUACUGCUUUUGUCGAAUUUUAAGUGAUUGAUGAGAGUAAAUCGAUUUUAAUAGAACAGAAAAUGCAAGUUUUUCAUAACACGAAUAAUACAUUUUGGACUACUAACGGUAAAUCAAUGUGCCUGUAAUGAGUAGUGCAAAAAAGAACGGCUAAAGCUUGUAUUAGAGAGCGAAGCAAACACGUUGGUUUUAAUAAACUAUAAUUUGGAGACAGUAAUUACUAUACUGGGUGUUUGGAAGACACGGAGAGCGGAUCUAUUCCAAAUCGAUUGUGACAAACUGUUCAUAGGGUGAGGACAGUAAAAGUUCGAAUAUUUUUAUUUUAAUAUUUCCUGAUCGAGGUAAACUUGGUAUUUUUCAAAAACCGUUUAGUGUUAAAACAUUUUCGUUUACAAUUACACAUUUUUGGGAUCUUGCAGAGUCUGAAUUAUGGUUAUUAUUGGUUUAUAACAGAUUGAGCCUUUUUUCGCAGGUUAUCAAAACGCCAAUUAGUUUUGAAGCGUGAGUAACAAAUAGCUUAAAAGAUUUUCGAUCAUUCUUCAUGGUUUUAUUUAUAUAAAUUUUGAUAUGAAAAACUGCUCCUGAACAGUUGCAUUUUAUUGAAAAAUUCAAUUGGGAAAUCGAGUCGUAUCAGAUAGAUAUUCGUAAUAUUAGAGAGCGGUGACUUCUAGGGCUCAACUUACGUUUUUAACUUUACAAAUCAUCCCGCAUGUUUUCAAGAUUUCAUAUUUUUUAACUUCUUGGUCCAUUUGCGUUCCUUAGAAGUAAAAUUCGAACUUAAUAUAAAAUAUUGGAAAAUAUGUCCAGCGAUUUGCGGGGCCAACUUUACUUUAUUUUCCGAACCGUUGCCGAGAUGCAGCCUAAAUUAUAUUUGUAAAUUAUUUAUGAAUGAAAGUGCUUUCUUCGAGGCCUAAGCGGACAAAUUAUUUUUUAAAAUAAGAAAAUUUUACUGCUUUCGGCCAGAUUUGAAUUUGCGACCUCCAUGAUGCUCUACCAACUAAGCUACAAAAGGCUUAGCGGGUAGAGCUUUUCAAAAAAUUUUUUGUCCGCUUACGCCGCGAAAAAUUCCCUUUCAUUUAGAAUUAUCGGACACAAAAAACUCUUCAUUUGUAAUCUGAAAUCUCAAAAUAAUUUUUUGAACUCGACACCAAAUUUUUGCAAUUUCAAAUCGGUACUUUCUUUCACACAAAAACAGUGGUUUGCAUUUUGAAAGAAAAUCGAAUCUGGUUUACAAUCGUAGACACAAACCGCCACGCUGCGGCCUAAAUCCAACGUAUUUAUUAUGUUUCUAAUACAGGUGUUAGGAGUUUUGCUUUACAUUUGCAUGUAUGUAGCUGGUUUAAUAGUCGGCCGCUUUCUUCGAUCACAAAUACGCUUCAAAUUUAUCUGACUUGAGUAUAAAACUCUCGUUUCUGCCUCCAAUGCUUUGCUUCGAAGACCGUAACAUGUUAUAGAGUUUUAGAGAAUAUAAUUCUCUAUAACUUCUUAUUAAUAUUAUAAUUUAAUGGUUAUUGCUAUUUAUUUUUGUUUGCAAAAGCCUUACUUUAUAUCGCAGGUAAAUAUUGUCUGAGGAGAUGGCAGUUGUUUUGUAAUUGUUAUCGAAUGCUAUACAACAAAUCAAAUCGUGUUAUGGGAAAACUGUAUUUGCUUAUUUCUAACAAUAGCUAACGGUUUGUCAAACUUGCCUUUUGAGCUUUGAUGUAUGUACAUAUAUGUAAUGGAUACUUUUUACGAGUAUUUUGUUACACAAAUGAUUUACUUUGGUUGUGAACGCGUAUUAGAUUAUGAAUUUGAGUUAUUUUGUUUAUCGAAACUGAAUUUUCUUUGUACAAUAAAAUUGAUAUUGUUUUAGCA